GACCAGAGGCGGACUGACCAUUUGGAAACUCGGCACUGCCCGAGGGGCCCGGGGUCAGUAGGGGGCCCCAUGAGAUGCCCCUGGUACCUUUUUCAUAGGCUUUUUUUGAGUUUGGGCAAGGACACAGGGGCCCCAUGAUCCCCUAUUGCCCAGAGGCCCCAUGAGUUGUCAGUCCGCCCCUUGAUGCCUGCCCAUGCCCAUCAGUGCCACCUAUCAGUGCCUCCUCAUCAGUGCUGCAUAUCAGUGCCCAACAGUGACGCUUAUCAAUGCCCAU